UAGCAUUGUAUUUGCUAAAUUAAAACUAUUAUUUUUGCCAUUGAAUAUAUUCUCGUCGCUAUCUCGGAGAUGCUGAACUGCUCUUCCACAACAUGCUGAUUCAUAUCAGCGCUGAUUCUCUUAGCAUCGCCCCAUUCAAAUCAGCGGACAAAUUCAUGUCACCGAUAACAAUUCAAUCACUUAAGAGUUCAGCACAUUUCGAAAUCGCUUUACAAUGCCCCAAGCCAAGUCCCUCUGGACACAUUGUGGUGUCAUCCUUAGUUCCUCGUCCUGCGAUUCUCUGGCUAACUCCUGCUGUUUUCUCAACAACUUGGCAAGCCAUUCAAUGGAUUCGCUUCUUCUUGGACCUUCUGCUUGCAGUUUUUGUGCAUCCGCAUUCUGGUGCUUCAACAGGCGGUCAUGGUAAAUCAAUACGGCAGUGGAUUGCCGGAACUUCUGGCUUAGUCAUAGCUGCUAUCGACCUCGCUUCUUCGGCGAUUUGAAUGGUACAAUGCCCGCAGUUGGUGGCUUUUAUGCCAGUUAAGGACAUUCUUUUGCCUGCACUUAAGACAAGCUGUAAUGAUAUGGAGAGGGCAACUAAGCAAUUGGAGGAUUUCGUUACGUCAAAACCUUCGUCCGAUACAAUAGCCACCUUUAAACAAACCCGAGAAUUUUAUGUUGACUGGCGAAAAUGGUUAAAUUUUCUAAAGGAAAAACACGGUUAUAAGGAAAUUGCCCAAUUACAAAGUUUACGACAUAUAAUGCCCACGAAAAUUGACUAUGACGAGGCUCUUUAUGGCAUACAUCGCCUUCAAUCAACUUACAGACUCGAUCCGGCUGAAAUGUCAGUUGGUUUGCUAAAAGGAAGACAAAAUAGAUGCAAGAAAUUCAAUGCUGUGGAUUGCCUCAUGAUAGGCUCAGUAUAUUAUUUGAACGAGGACUUCCAGGAUGCAGAGCGUUGGUUCCAGCUGGCUUUGGAAAAAUACCACAGGGAUCCAAACUCUAAACAAUUUGAUAUCUUUGGAUGGUCCGAAGAUUUUAUUUUAAAGCUGCUAAUGAAGGCAGCUCAGAGCUCUGGCCGAUUUAAGGCCGCUUUGGAAUAUGCCGAACAAGCGUUGGCUAUCGACCGUAGCCACAGUUUUUGGCAACAACAAAUUCCUAGGCUGAAAAACUUGAGUUUGACACCCGAACCUCCGAAACCGGAACAAAUCAUUAAAUAUCUAUUUAAGCCGGCUUGUCGCAUGGAAUAUCCAGCUAAGAAAUAUUUGCGUUGCCAUCUUCUAUUUUCGUCGCCGUUUCUUCAGUUGGCACCUAUAAAAGUAGAGGAGCUAAACCUCGAUCCACCUAUAAAUAUUUAUCACAAUCUCAUCCAUAACGAGGAAAUUGUUUUGAUUAAGGCUCUGUCAAACCCGCACCUGAGGCGCACUACAACUUACACCUCCUCUGGUGAACUGAUUGAAGAUUUUUCUAACAUUCGCACUUCCAAAUCUAUGCGUUUAAAAGAUAAUGCUCAUAAGUUAGUGAAAAAUUUAAGUCAACGUGUAAUGGACGCCACAGGCUUAAGUGUGGUGGAGUCUGAGGAUCUGCAGAUUAGUAACUAUGGCAUUGGUGGACAUUUUUCUGAGCACCAGGACGCUGUACCAUCAACUUAUAGUAAGGAAUUUUGUGUCUCCGGCAACCGCAUUAUUACAGCAUUGUUUUAUCUAAGCGAUGUAGAGCUGGGUGGUGAAACUGUAUUUCCCUUCUUGGACCUAAGAGUCCCUACACAAAAAGGAUCCUUGUUGGUGUGGUACAAUCUUUUAUUAAAUGGAACCAGCGAUUGGAGAGUUGACCAUAUAUCUUGUCCCAUUUUGAUGGGGGAUAAGUGGAUUGCCACCAAAUGGUUUCGGGAACAUCCCCAAAUGUUUAUUCGGCCUUGUCCAUUAAAGAUAAAGCCAUUGCCUGAAUAUAGUAGUAAUACUUUAAAAAAGUUUUUAAAGAAACAAUUUUAAAAAAAGAUUUUGUAUAGUCUUUAAGGAAGUAAUAUAUUUCAGUAAAUGCAAAAUGUACCAUGAAGGACAUAACCCAUCAAACUCCUACAUUUCGUAUUAAGAGCAUAACAAAUGCAUUUAGCAGGGCAACUUUGUUGACAAUAGGGUAUAGUGGAUUUAUUUAGGGCAAGUAGAAGGCGCCUUUAAUUUAUUAUUUU